AUCUUGGAAAACUGUGCUGGAUCUUGUGUCCCUUCUACUAUAUACAACUUCCUUAGCUUUUCCUCUAACACAAAAGAAAGAAAUACCUCAGAUUUCUUACUUUGCUUCUGCUUUUCCUUCUUUAACUUUCUUCCUUCAGCAUGUGUUUGGAUCUUUCUCAUUCAUUUAUGUCUGGGUUUUCUAAAGUAUUCUAAAGGGUCCCAUAUAUGUUGGACUGAUUGAGUUCUAUGUUAUAUUGUUCUUCUGGGUCUAUUUCUUAUCCUAUAUAUUUCACAUCAUGAACUGUAUGACUCCAAAAAUAUCCCACUUUGUUUCUAUGGAUAGAAAGUGAAAGGCCCUUGUUAUAGAAUUGCUAGAAUGGUCGUUUAAAUUGAAGCCAAGCUUCUUCCUUUAAGAUUUCCCUUGCUUUCUUCUGCAUAAGUAUCCAUGAAGAGCUUCAUUACUAUCAGUAAUGCUAUUUUUGCUGUCUUCACCUUCUGUUUGGUUGCAUGGUGCUGUGGACAUGAAGACAUUGAUGUAGCUCCAAUGGAGAAAACAGAAAAGGAAGCUCUUUACUCUGCUGUACAGGGCUUUGUGGGUAAUUGGUGGAAUGGCUCUGGUCUAUAUCCAGAUCCUUGUGGCUGGACUCCUAUACAGGGGGUUUCUUGUGAUUUGUUUGAUGGGCUUUGGUAUGUUACUACCUUGAAUAUUGGGCCCAUUCAUGACAACUCUCUUGGUUGUGCCAAAAAUUUGGAAUUCAGAACACAAUUGUUUGAGCUUAAGCACCUCAAAAGUCUUUCAUUCUUCAAAUGCUUUGUUUCACCCAAGAGGCAUCCCAUUGCCAUUCCAUCCAAUAGCUGGGACAAACUUGGUGGCAGCUUAGAAUCAUUAGAGUUCAGAUCAAACCCUGGCCUCAUUGGAAAAAUUCCUAUCAGCUUUAGUGCCCUUGUGAAGCUCAAAUCAUUAGUGCUACUAGAAAAUGGAUUAACUGGCAAUAUACCGACAAAUAUUGGCAACUUGAUCAACUUGAAGCGUCUAGUUCUUGCUGGGAACCGAUUUGUUGGUUGGAUUCCUGAUAGUUUUGGUGGGUUGAAUGAGCUACUAAUAUAUGAUUUAAGUAGGAAUACACUAUCUGGGCUUUUGCCAUUGACUCUUGGAGGGUUGACGUCACUUUUGAAGCUUGACUUGAGCAACAAUCAAUUGGAAGGGAUGCUUCCAAGUGAGAUUAGUAACUUAAAGAAUCUGACCCUUUUGGACCUUAGAAACAACAAAAUUUCAGGUGGGUUGACCAAGUCAUUUCAAGGAAUGUGUUCCUUAGAAGAGUUGGUCUUGUCUCACAACCCAAUAGGUGGAGACCUAAUGAGCCUAGAGUGGCAUUACUUACAUAACUUGGUCAUUUUGGACCUCUCCAAUAUUGGGUUGACAGGGGAGAUUCCUGAGUCCAUAUCAAAAUUAAAGAGAUUGAGAUUUUUGGGUCUCAGUGACAAUAACCUCACAGGAAAGCUGUCUCCAAAGCUAGCUACUCUACCUUGUGUUAGUGCACUCUACCUAAAUGCGAACAAUCUGACUGGAGAACUUAAUUUUCGUGAUGAUUUUUAUAGGAAAGUGGGAAGGCGGUUUGGGGCUUGGAACAACCCAAACCUUUGUUACCCGGUUGGGUUAGUGUCAGCUAGCCAUGUUCCAUAUGGGGUAAAACCAUGCCAGCAACAGGUCACAUUGCUUGAACACGACUUAAGAACCAAGUUGGCUAAUGGGAACAUGAAUCAAAAUUCCCAAUUUGUGGCCUCUUUGGGGUUUACAAGCUAUGGUUUUGGUGCUGGGAUUUGGUGGGUUUCUCUAGUAGAGAUGUUGACAGGUCUAUUCUUAAAUUGUUUCCUAUAGUUGUGUCUUAAUUGACAGAAUUCUCGACUCUAGAAGAUUACCUUUUAGAAGUAUGUAACAGCAAUUUCAUCUUUCUUACUCU